CGCGGACGGAACAGGCAACAGGUCAGAUGGACUAGACCUGCGCGAUUAACGGAAUGUGGUGUUACUAGCUCAAACCUGUAAAAUUACAGGGAAAGAAUGGUUCUCCACUACCAACUUCUUUUAUAACCUUGGACUUGAGAAACCUUAAUCUUUACAAUGCCAAAGAGUGACACAUGGCCCGGUGGCGUCACCAUAGGGACGAUCACUGGCAUGGACAAUGCGGGCAGCUGUGACAGUGUUUUCAGUAUGAACUCUGGAUUUAGUGACAAUAGCCUCAAGCACUUAUCUGCUGAGGAGAGGGCAUGUCUCAUGUUCUUGGAGGAGACCAUAGAGUCCCUAGAGACUGAGGAGGACAAUGGACUGUCCAAUGAUGAGCCUGACUGCCUGCCCACCACCGGCAACGUGGCCACCAAGAUGGCCCACCUCUCUGCCUCCAUGGGCCAAAACAAGCUCAACAAUGUAUCAAAAUAUCCCAGUGAUGAGUAUGGUUACAUGGUUCCUACUCCGUUCAUCCUGGCCAACAGCACCUCCUGCAUCCUGUCCAAGCCCAGGCCAGGAAUACCCCCAAAUAAUGAGAACUCUCACCCAAAGCCCCAGGUCAUUGCCUUGGACAACAUGACAUCUCAGAGCCAUCACCCUUGUGUACCCCCUGAGGUCAAUGUUGUGGUGAUACCCCCUCCAUCAAAGCCCAAAGACUACCCUUGUCAGAGACCACCCCCUUCACCCAGGGGCCCUCUGUCCUAUGAGGCCCUAGUGCAGCUGAGGAAGAGUGCGUCCAUGAAGAGAACCCUUCAAAGUGCUACAGCUGAGACCAGAGACUGGAACAGGCAGCCCUCUUCAUCAGCCGUUCCCAUUGACCUGCACCAUGGGAGCACACCCAGAGACCCCUCAGUCACCCCAGCCCAGGUCACACUCCCCCAAGAGCCCAGCAAGCAGAAUGACAGUCCUCCAUUAGUGUUCCCAAAACCCCCCAAAAUACCCUCCCACAUUGCCCUGAAUACCCGAAAGGUUACAGCCAACCCCACCACAGACUCCAGUGCCCCUUCCCUUAGCUCAUCACCCACUGAUAUGCAUUUGUCGGACUCCCAAAAGGUGAGAAAUGAGGCCCUGCAGAAGCUGGGGCUCCUGAGAGACAAUAAUGAGUCCCAACCUAAGUCUGUUACGCCACUGUGCUCCUCCAAAUUUCACUCCACCUGUGACCCAACUUCAGCCAGUGUGGGAGUUAAAGCUCAACCCCACGGUAACUCAACAAGAAGUCAGCCCUCAUCCACCUCCCAAGGACCCAGAGAACCUAGCAGCAGGUCUGUACAAAGCAGCAGCUUCCUACAUCGCUCUAGGAGUGAGAAGCAGCCCCCCAUACCGCCCUCACACCUGACCAAACCCAGUGGGGUCAAAGCUGUCACCCUAGAGCGUUCUGGGGUGGGGCUUGGGACCUACGUGGCCGACCACCGGAAACCUCCCCAGGGUGGACGUUGCACCCCACCUGCUCCCAACAAAGCCCCAGAGCAGGAGAAAACAACCCUCGCUGCCCAGCCAGUGUCCACCCACAAGACCCCGCACUGCCCGGGCUUCAGUGUGGUGAUGGUGCCCAGCAUGGGAGAAGACAGACGAGAGGCUCUUAGGAAGCUGGGGCUGCUGAAAGACUAGGCCUGGAGAGAAGGUCGCCGUAUCUCUUCCCAGUGGUUAAAUGGAUACAUAAAAGGGGUAUCAAAUGGAACAGACGUCCAGAACCGUAGGCAGAGAAGCAGCAUAAAGAGGGAAUUGAAUGGAUUUCUGUAAAUAUGUUUUAGCACUGAACGUGCUGGUUUAUCAGGAAAAUACCUUCUUUCUUCCUUUUCUGUCUGUAAAACCUCUUACUGCAGUUUAGUUUUCAUAUCAGUUGUUUAUUAACAUGAUAUUUGCAAAUUGUUUUUAAAGGAUUUUGCUGUUACAGAAUCAAUCACUGCACACUUAUACAGUAGAUCAGAAGAAUGAAUGCAACAGGCUUAUUCAGAGAGGUUGGGUUAAAUGCAGAAUAAACAUUUCAGUUGAAUGCAUUCAGUUGUACAACUGACUGGGUAUCCCCCUUUCCUAUU